AUGACAAGUGUUGCCAAUCGAUUAAGUGAAAUUGACCAACAGCGUCAACAAGAAAUGUCAGAAGAUGUUGAAAUGGCGUCAAUUGCUGAAGAUGAGCUGUUGAACGAGAAAUUUUCAUUGCAAGGGACGUCGAGAGGAAAAAUUAGUGGAAGAAAGAAAGUCCCACGCGAAAUUAAAAUUUGA